CGCUAGCCCAGUUGACUUCUCUAGCUUCUCACCUCGAGCUAGCAUUUCCGAUUGCUCGCACCAUUUCAUUUGCAUCUUGUUCCCUUUUAUAUCUCUUCAAUCUCCACUCUUCUUGUCCGACUGCGUCGUUCAACAAUCUCUCUCCGUCAAUCCGAUCCAAACGUCAUAUACAAAGACUCUCCAGGCAGCGCCUUAUUCCCACCCUCAAGACUUUACCACCCACCUCAACGCCGCCACUCUUGAAGAAUGCGUGAUUUAACCUUGCUCGUCUCUUUGAGCCUUAUCAGCUCUGUCAUCGCUGCCCCAGCCCCCCAGCCCGGCCUCUCCCCUCUCUUCUCCAAAGACCCUCUCUCCCUCCACCGCCGUUCAGUAGCUCCUGACGCCGAGGCCGACUCUGUCAUCCUCGCAUACGACCCCGACGCCGCCUCCUCCGACGACACCCUCUCCUCCUCUUCUUCCUCCAACUCUGAAUCCGACAUUCCCAUUGUUGCCACCGAGCCUGAAAUGUAUGAAGUCGAAGAAGCGCCGGCGGAGGAUGCUUGUGCGGACGUAUGUGGUGUGACGAGAGUGGAGGGGGCGAAGAGUGAGAAGGAGGCGCUUUGUAGCGGACCGGGAUUGAGGGCCACUUAUACGUGUGCCCAGUGUAUUGAUCAGACAUGGCCCGACAAUGUAUGGGAAGACUCGGCUAUGGCCGAGUAUGAGAAGAUUGCUUCUGCGUGCGACAAUUCUCUCCAGCAACCUAUUCGCCGAGGACGUGCUUCUGCUUAAGAAUCCGCCUCUGCUUGAAAUGCCUGGACCCCUCCGCUGUCGUACACGCCCAUACACCAUCACUGUAUCACCAAACACGAACACGCACCAACUCCAUGCCCGGCGCCUGGAACAAUCUUUAGGCGGAGACUUGGAGACUGAGAUCAGAAGAUAGAGACUGGAAAGGAAUUCAGAAGAAUUUUCUCUGGAAGAAAUAGAGACGCGUGUAGUAAUAUAGUAUUUGUAGAGUGAUGGUUUCAACAUAUACGGAUAGUCGCUCAUGAAGGGCAAUUGUCAUUCUUUAUAGUAGUCAAUGCAACGUAUUCAUGUCCAU